AUGUCUGGGCCCCUCGUCGGCAUAUUCGACGCGAACCCGUACGAAUCGCACCCCAGUCUGACCACACUCGAGGCAGAUGUUCUCUGGGAGUACGCAAAACUAUCACAACACGUCAAAGAUCUGACCGUUACCACGAAACAACUAUCAGAGGGGCCAGAUGAGAAUCUUAUUGCGCGUUUAAGAGUGUUGGAGAGAAAAAUGGGCUUGGUCUUGACCUUGUUCAAAGCAUCAGUCUGGGGCGUCAUCAACGAGCAGCCAGUCCAGGAAGCUGAGGGUGGAUACCCGUACGCGAUGGCUGAUACUACUCUACGAAGAUGA